CCGGGGAAGCAGCUCCUGGGCCCGGCCACCCCCAGCACCGCGGCAAGUAGCUGUCUUGAUGAUGAGGAAGAAGAGGCAGUGAUUGGAUGGCAGGAGAAACUCUUCAGUCAGCACUGUCAGAAAAUGACCAACUCAGACUAUGAGGUGACAUCACAUCUGGCAGAAAGGAUGGCCAAUGUGAGGAGGAGAAGACAGGACCGCAGGCCUAUGGAGGGGAGCACUCUGAAGUCACGAAUCAUCACCUGGGAGCCCUCGGAAGAAUUUAUUAAGAAUAACCAUGUCAUCAACACCCCUGUUCAGACCAUGUAUAUUAUGGCAGACUUGGGAGCAUAUGGAAAGCUUGGCCACAGGGAGUAUGAACAUGUUCUUUGCACAAUCAAGGUGGACAGCAAUGGGGUGAUCACAGUGAAGCCAGAUUUCACAGGCACCAAAGGUGCUUACAGGAUUGAGCUGGAUGGUGAGAAGCGAGAGCUGUGGAAAUACACCAUUGAGAAUGCCUCACCCCAGGUGAAGCAAGAGGAAGAGGAACGGGAGCAGCGCGUGUUCAAAGAUUUGUAUAGUCGUCACAAGGAGUAUCUUAGUGGUCUUGUUGGCUCAGAAUUUGAGAUGACGCUCCCUGGUACACUCCGACUCUUUGUGAAUGGAGAGAUAGUUUCAGCCCAAGGAUAUGAAUAUGACAAUCUCUACGUUCAUUUCUUCUUGGAACUGCCUGCUCAUUGGUCGAGCCCAGCAUUCCAGCAGCUCUCCGGGGUGACACAGACAUGUGCUACCAAGGAACUAGGCAGGGAUGAGGUGGCUUACUUCUCGUACCCAUUCACCCUGGAGAUGUUUUUUACACAAGAAGAUGAAUCAGAAGGCUCUCUCCCACAGUGGCCUGUGCUCUACUUUGAGGUUCUAUCGCUGGAUUUCUGGCAGAGGUACCGUGUUGAAGGCUACGGCUCUGUAAUACUGCCAUCAGCUCCAGGGUUCCACACCCUGACAGUCCCCACCUGGCGACCUGUGGAGCUGGGGACAGUCUCUGAGCUGAAGAGGUUUUUCAUUGGUGGUUCCCCUGAACUGGAGGACAUGACUUAUGUCAGGGUGCCAACAACCUUCAAGGGAGAGCGUCUGAGCCGCUUUGGCUUCCGCACAGAGACAACAGGGAGUGUCACUUUCCGGCUUCACUGCUUGCAACAAUCCAAGGCCUUCUUAGAGUCCAGUGCUCAGAGGACGCGCAUGCAGAGUGUGCUGGACCGGUUGGGAGGCUUCAGCCAGCAGAACUCUCUCUACACUGUCCUCGAGGCAUUCCAGAAGGCACGGCGACGGAUGCAGGAAGCACGCGAGAGCCUUCCCCAGGACCUGAUCAGCACCUCUGCCUCCACUGUGCACCAGCCAUGACUAUCUUGCUACUCUAUUGGACUGAAGCCUAGCAAAACUUCCCUCUGCUAGAACUACCUCUUAUAUGACACAUGUUGAUAGUGGCAUAAAUGGCAAGGAUGUUACACAUGCAUCCAGUUUAAGGAGCCAUAAAAUGGUAAACCAGCCAUAAAGGUGUAGAACAUUUUCUGGCUGGUUUGUAUGGCACCUUAAAUUGAAUGUAUGUCAGAUCCAGCCCCAGGACCAACAAGCAGCUGGUUAUCAGCUCCAGCCCAGUCCCAGACUUGUGGGUAUCUGGCUUUCAACUUGCUGGUACUGGGGGAGUCUUGGAUCAUGAACCCUGGCAAGUAAAAAGGGCACAAUUAGGGUAUGAUGGGGCAUGGCAGGAGGUGCAAUUGUUGGGAUUCGGGAUCAGCUCCCGUGGUGUCAUUAACUAAAUGUGUGUCAGUGUCCAUAGUCUCAUCUCCUGCCCUUUAAAACUUUACAACUACUUCCUGCUGCAUUUCUCUGGGGGAAAGGAGACUGUAGGGUGCCCACCUCCUAAACUUUUCCCUUGUAUAAGUACUGGCAUAAGUAGAGGGAGCAAUUUCCCUUUCAGCUGACUACCUUAAAAUUCCACUUGAUGCUCCAUGUUAGAGUCAAAACCAUGACCUGCCUUGGAGCUGGAUGUAUACAGCUGUGCCUGGGACCCUGUUUGGGAGGGUAAUGAGUUGCCAGGCUGGCCUUGGUGCUAAUGUCCAGAUACAUCUGUUUAGAGUAUUCCGUACAUGGUUUGAUACAAGGUGAAGCUCUCAUGCUGAUCAUGGGAGAGAUUCAGGAAGCAUCCAAAAGCUGAGGAUGGACCCUCAGGCCUUAAGCCCUGGAGAUAGUAGCCCCCUUCCUUCUUGGGAGUGGUGUCCAAGGGAGGUUUUGCAUAGAACCCAGGGCAGGCUUUACUCUGCUUCCUGUGACCCUCCCACCAGCAGCUCCUUUUUGCUAGCCCAUCAUCAAAAGCCAUCAGUGCAAAACAAGCUUGGAGCAUGGGCUCAUCUAAGAGUGCCAGUAUUGCAUCAAAAAGUGUGAGCACAUACACAUUAUGCUGCAAGUCCUGCUCUGAUUAAACUCAGUCAUUCCAUGAUCUGCCUGCUGCGGAUGCACAGCAGGGCAGUGAUGGAAGGUUAACAAUGAUGCAGGGUGAGGAUUCUAACUCAGAUGGUUCAGACAACACCUUAGCAGUUUUAUUGCCUUAGCAGUUUUAUUGCAUGACUAGAUGGCAGUUCUCUUUGCCGUGAAAACUCACUUUCGGUCACAGUUGGAGCUUUGUUACCAAAAGUUUUUCAAAAUCUUUGCUGGAUUUUUGGCAAUUGGCAAAUUUCAGCUACAUUAGUAACUGACAUGUUCUCUCUCCUGUAAGAAGGUGGUUGGAGGUUGUGGGAUUGCGCUACUGCAGAUCUGUGUAAUAAAGUAUGUAGGACCUGGACAAAGGACUUUUACUGUUAACAAUCAGCCUACGUAGAAGUUGGGUCAUCACUAAAACUGAUUGUC